GGUAAUGUAUGCGUUGUUCUGACUGUAGAGGGCAACAUUCCCCCACAGCGGUCAGUCUGCCGCAAACUGCAGAAGAAGAAGAAACCCGGAAGUGAGCUCGUGUUGUAAACAAAACACAUGUGAAGAGUUGUUCUGCUGUCAGAAAGAGCCGGCGUUUACAUUGGGAAUUGAUACGGUAUUCUUCAGGAAGUCCGCGAAAACGAGGGAAUGGAAGAAGCUCUUGUUCGAGCCACCAUCCCUCAGGAUCUGGAGAAGCUUCUCGGUGUGGAGUCUCGACCCCACCCUAAAGCCUUCACCGAUGCCUUCCUGAAGAACAGCCUCCCGCAGACCACACGCUGCGAUGUGAACAACCUGCUGACCCACAAGGCUCUGAUCCUGGGCUACAGCAGGCCCAAGAAGGACAAGAGGAAGAGCAAGAAAACCAAGGGACUGAACGCCCGGCAGAAGAGGGCCAUGAAGGUCUUCCAGCUCAAACCUGAGCACCAGAGAUACGAGCUCUUCCUGCCUCUGCAUGACCUCUGGAGACAGUACGUUUAUCGACCAUGUGGCAGCGGGCUGAAGCCAACAAGCAAUCCACAGUUUGUGCAGCAGAAGCUCCUGAAGGCUGACUUCCACGGUGCCAUCGUCACAGUGGUGCGCUCUAAAUGCCCGUCGUAUGUAGGGACUACCGGGAUCAUCGUCCGAUUCAAACACGUCUUCAAGAUCAUCACCAGAGAAGACAAACUGAAAGUGAUCCCCAAGAGGAACAGCGUGUUCUCAGUGGAGAUCAACGGCUUCGUGUCCCACAUCUACGGGAGCAAGUUUGAGCAGCGAGCCAGUGAACGCUCCGAGAAGUUUAAAGUGAGAGGAACCAUCGACCUGUGAGGAGUCAGUGACCAUCAGAGACAUGACACACACUGCCUCACACUGCCCUCUGUCGGCAGUCAGGAGGAACUGCAACAACAAUGGCACAUAUAGCAAGUGGUCUUUUAUUGUUUGUGGGGACCAUACCUUUUUUUUGUAUUUUGAAGGGAUCCCCGCUGAUUCUGCUCUGGAUGAAUUUGAGUUACACAUGGUGAGGACUGAAAAGCCACUAACUCAGUUAGAUAAUGUUUUUCUGUGUGCGAGAAAAACAACCCUGAUGAUGUCAUCACUCAUCUGCUUGGAGAAUUCAAAGUAAUAGGGAUGGUCCCAAUUACGGCCCUUUUCCCAAUCCAAGUGGAUUUAAUAUUGGGUAUCUUGAUUCAAUAUGGUAAUGUUAAUUAAAUACAUAUCUGACACUGUAAAAAUACAGACUGUCAUUUGUAACCUAUUGUAUACCAGCUACUGGAACCAAAAACCAAAGCCUGGUAUCAUUAUAAUAGUAUUUUGUUCAUGCUUUUGCUAGGGCUGCUUCAGAGUGACAAACAAUGAAAAACAUGUCAGAAAGUGGUUGUUUUUUGAAAAAAUGUUAAAAUUCCUCAAAGAAAAAGCCUCACUAAGCCUUUUAUCAGUUACAUUUCAAAGAAAGCCCAGUUACGUGUGUAGUGUUAGGGCUCAUUAGACUGUACACCUGUAAACUGGUAAUUUGUUUUUUCAGAGCUUUGUGUGUAGUGCAUGAGGAAAUAAAAAGGUGGAGGUUUUAUAUAUUGUGUUAGUGGAAGUCCAUUGCAGAGCAUGUUUUCUGUUGGACAGCAGUGUUUGUUUUUAUUGUGAAAUGUAUUUUGUACAGAAUAGGAUGAAGCUAAAGUGACGCAUAUGUCCGUCUGCACCCUUUGUGUAACAGAUCAAGUGAAGCUCUGUGGACUGUACUGAACUGAAUACAAAUAUGACACUGUG